AUGGACAUUCAACCCUCGACGCAUAAACAGCCAACAAAGCAAACCAGAAGCAAGUUAGGGGAAAAACUGGAGAAAGGCCAAGAGGGAAAUGAUUCUCUAUCGCGUCGAAAAGGGAAAACACGUGGCGUCCGGCGCGGUACCCGUGCUGACUACCUGCACAACGGCAGCUUCCACGAGUCGGUGGGUCCGGUCUUGGUCAUUGCCCAGUGGUUCGGUCUAAUGCCGGUACGCGGAAUACUUGCAGUGAACGCGAAAAGCUUAAAAUUCAGUUGGGUAAGCUUCCGCACCUGUUACAGCGUAGUCUACGUAAUACUGACUAGCAUCGAUACCGGAUUAACAAUGAAUAUGGUUUUCAGAGGUGCAAUGGAGGUGAAAAAUAUCUCCCCAUUGGUAUUCCACGUAAAUGCGCUUUUAGUUGCAAUUUGUUUUCUACGCUUGGCCGUUAAGUGGCCCCAGCUAAUGCUGAAGUGGCAGCGUGUAGAGCGUCAACUGCCACCACAUCAGAUGUGGCGUGACCGGGAAGCUCUGGCGCUGCGCGUUCAUAAGGUCACCUUCGUAUUGAUCACAUUGGCACUGACUGAACAUCUCUUGAGUGUCGUCUCAGGCAUACACUUUGCAAUUCAUUGCUCUCCAAAUAGCGAUCCAAUCAAAUCGUUUUUCAUCGCGGUUUCUCCACACACAUUCCUGAUUUUUAACUACUCAACCUGGUUGGCGUGGUGUGGAAAAUUAUUGAAUGUACUGAAUACUUUUGGCUGGAGUUAUAUGGAUGUGUUUCUCAUGAUAAUCGGAUUGGGACUAUCCUCUUUAUUCGGACAAGUACAGAACAGUUUGAAUCGCGUAAAAGGAAAGACAAUGCCUGAGGCUUAUUGGACUCGAACACGUCUACAAUAUCGUCUCAUAUGUGAUCUCAUUGAGCAAGUCGAUGGUGUUGUUUCCGGAAUGAUAAUGCUCUCAUUUGCGAAUAAUCUUUUCUUUGUCUGCAUACAACUGCUUAAGAGUAUAAACAAAAUGCCAUCCAUCUCUCACUUUGUAUAUUUCUAUGCCUCUCUGAGCUUUCUGUUGGGCCGCACUUUGGCCGUUUCACUCUAUCUCUCCGAGGUAAACGACCGAUCGCGCGAGCCAUUAUUAGUUAUUAAACACGUGCCGAGGGAAGGUUAUUGUGCCGAGAUCGAACGAUUUGGACAUGAAGUGGCUGUGGAUAAGGUGGCCUUGACGGGAAUGCAGUUUUUUAACAUAACGCGUGGCUUGGUAUUGGCGGUCGCUGGCACGAUUGUCACAUAUGAACUUGUUCUUAUACAAUUCCAUGAGGAAGAGAAUUUAUGGGCUUGCAAUUGA